AUGUCAAACAAUCAUCUCUUCCCUACUUCAACUCGACGCUACCGAGCGCUCCUAUCUCGCGAUCCUCUGGCGCAUUCUUCAUUUAUCUAUAGCGUGAUCACGACCAAAAUAUAUUGUCGUCCCACUUGUCCCUCGCGCCUCGCACGUCGUGCUAAUAUUGUAUUCCACGAGACUGUGGAAGAAGCGGAGAAGGAUGGCUUCCGAGCUUGCAAAAGAUGUCGGCCUGAUAUUGAUGAGACGAGGAUCAAGAACAGAGCAGAUGGGGGUUUAAACCCAAAUAAUAGCGCUUCUGUGAACUUAAAAAUAAGUUCUAAGGCUGACGAAUUGGGUGAAAUGGGAAGAGGGAGAAGGAUGGUUGAUAAAGCCAUGAAAUUAAUUGAGAGCGAGCUGGCCAAUGGUGAUCAGAAAUGGACGAUAAAGAAAAUGGCAAAGGAACUAGGACUGACCGAAAGUCACUUUUGUAGAGUGUUCAAGAGAGAGACAGGUGGAACUUUCGGAGAAUACAGGGUGAAAGUCAUCGGGCAGCAGUCGGUGGAAAUGACUCAGGGCUAUGAGACGAUGGACAGCUGGAGUAUACCCACGGAUACUGAUCUGGUGUUCAACUGGAAUAGUUCCUGGAAUCAGAUUUACGACAUGAGCAACCCAGAUACCAACAUUUUGUCUUUUGAUCUUCACCCGACCAGUGUAUCUGACAUUCAUUCAGACGACGGAAUGCAGUUUUUGAACCUGGAGUGCUGUGAAGAUUGA